UCCUUGAGUUGUUGCCCGCGCAGGAAGGAGCAAGGUCAGUAGGGAGAAGGGUAUUCGGCGGCCAUCUCUUCCUCCUCCGUUGCGGCCUCUUCUGCGGUCGUCCCGGAGCCUCGGCAGCGCCAUGUUGGGGCAGAGCUUGCGCAAGUUCUCCACCUCCUUGGUUCGCAGGAGCCACUAUGAGGAGGGCCCGGGGAAGAACCUGCCCUUUUCAGUGGAAAACAAAUGGCGGUUGUUGGCAAUGAUUACUGUAUUUUUUGGAUCUGGAUUUGCUGCACCUUUCUUUAUAUUAAGACAUCAGCUGCUUAAGAAAUAAGAUUCUCCUAUACAGGAAUCAGACUUGAAGUACAGCCACUUAUAAAAGCAGAAGAAUGGAGUAAGCCAACUGUUUACCAUAAUAUAUGUCUUUGUAAAUAAACCUAUUAAGUGAA